AUGGGAUCCGCAAUGUCUAUCUCGGUCCGCAAGAAGGCAGUCCUCUUCAAAGAUGGGCCGGACACUGUGGGCCACUUGAUGGAAGUCCAGACCGGUAAGAGCGCAAAAGACAAGACUCUGAAGCGCUACUCGCCAUGGAGGCGGAUUGUGAAGAAGAAGAGCUCCAAGAAGGAGCAGGCUCACGAGAACACCAACCAAAACAACAUUAUCCAUCUGAGUAAUGAGAACCUGGAGAAGUCUCAGUCCUUCUCCAACCUGUCCACCCUCACCCCGGAGAAGUCUCAGUCCUGUGACAAGCUGUCAACCCAGGACCAGAGCACUCCAGCCAUCUCCAACAACGCCGCCUCGUCGGUCGAGAAGGCCCCCAUAUCCAACUCAAACACGGCCCCCGACACGCCCCAGAUGGUGACCGUCCAGGACCUCGACCCGCCCAGGAGGUUGGUGAUGGUCCACGCUACAACCGGCGAGCUGCUGCGCUGCCUGGGUGAGUUCCUGUGCCGGCGCUGCCACCGGCUCCAGGACAUGUCUUCCAUGGACCCGGUGCUGUGGCUGCGGGUGGUGGACCGUUAUCUGCUGGACAACUGCUAUCAGAACCAGAGCUGCAUCAAUCCGGCCACUGUGGUCUUCCUCUACAUGCUGUGCCGCGAGGCGGUUUCCUCCGAGGUUGCCACCUUGCACGAGCUGCAUGCCGUGCUGCUCACCUGCCUCUACACGACCUGCUCCUACAUGGGCAACGAGAUCGCCUACCCCCUAAAACCCUUCCUGGUGGACACCUGCGGGCAGACCUUCUGGAUCCGCUGCAUGACCAUCACCAAGCUGAUGAGUGUCAAGAUGCUCCAGAUGAACACAGACCCUAACUUCUUCUCCCAGGUGUUUGCUGACCUGAAGAACGAGAGCCAGAAGGAGGAGAAGAAGAGCCGCCUGCUCAGCGGUCUGUACAGCACUCAGUGA